AUGGAUCAAACAUGGGCAGAAUGGCUCCAAGAAGGCAUGUGGGAAAACAUCCUCGGCGCGUCCGACCUUGUCAAUGCGUGUAUUUUUCCUUCGCAAGCCUCUAUCCAAUACACUGAUCAACUCUUGCAGUGGUACCCGGUGCAUUCGGAAGACACAUUAAAGCAAUUUGCACACAGAACACUGGAUGAUUUUCUUGGGAUGAUUGUUAAUUUUAUAGAGCAAAAGGACACCCUGCGAUACAGGUUCAAUGUCCGUGGACAGUUGAACUUCGACCGCCUGCAUGAUUGCUGCGUUGCUGUUGCGAAAUUCGGAUUCGAAGAGCCGGCGUACGCAGUUUUGUAUAUUCCCUCGUUUUGUCUGACGGUGCCUGAACUGGUUGCAGGGUUGCACGCAACAUCACCGCUAAGGUCCUUCGACAAGGGACCGAAUACAUUUGAGGAACAUGCCACCGCCAUAGUGGUCCAUGCGAUUGUUUGA